AUGGAUGAUUUCAAGCAUAGUAAAUCAGAUACAGAGUCGUACGCGGAGUCUGUGGUACUCGCGGUAAAAAGUCGAGCCAGUGAUGCCGACGAAUUCAAAGAUCAGAUCAUGGGCAUCAUAGCUAACGUUCGCAAUCUUAACAACCAGAUUGUGGAGCGGAAAAUAACACCCGAGAUGCUUGCCUCGAUGGAAAUCGACGAAAUGCUCUCGAAACAACAAAUAGAAGAAAAUCUCAAAUUCUCCCGCAAACGCGCGCGGGAGCAAACACUCUAUGACAUCACUUCCAUGCAGUGUGGAAACUGUGGUCUUGUGCGGAGAGACCGGCUGAACAUUAAUGAGUUAGGCCUUGACUCGGAAAUCAACGGAUCGCAAUUUGACUAUAACUUCGACAACCUGUGCGCCUGUUCUCGCGAUAGCAUAGAGCCGGAGCAGACGGAAGACGAAUCCUAG